CCCCUCCCACCCCUGGGACCGGAUAUCCGGCGGGGAGCGGAAGCGGCCUCCCUUUCCCUGCGGAGCGCAGCCAUGGCUCGUGGACCCAAGAAGCACCUGAAGCGUGUUGCGGCUCCAAAGCAUUGGAUGCUGGACAAACUGACGGGGGUCUUUGCACCCCGACCGUCCACAGGACCCCACAAACUGAGGGAAUGCCUGCCACUCAUCAUCUUCCUCAGGAACAGGCUGAAGUAUGCCCUGACUGGUGAUGAGGUGAAGAAGAUCUGCAUGCAGCGGUUUAUCAAAAUAGACGGCAAAGUCCGCACGGACAUCACCUACCCUGCUGGCUUCAUGGAUGUGAUCAGCAUUGAGAAGACGGGUGAACACUUCCGCCUCGUCUAUGACACCAAGGGCCGGUUUGCUGUUCACCGAAUCACGCCAGAAGAGGCCAAGUACAAGCUGUGCAAGGUUAGGAAGAUCUUUGUGGGAACCAAGGGCAUUCCCCACCUUGUCACACACGACGCCCGGACCAUCCGCUACCCAGAUCCUCUCAUCAAGGUGAACGACACUAUCCAGAUUGACUUAGAGACGGGCAAGAUCACAGAUUUCAUCAAGUUUGAUACAGGCAACUUGUGCAUGGUGACUGGCGGGGCUAACUUGGGGCGUAUCGGUGUUAUCACCAAUCGGGAGAGGCAUCCCGGCUCCUUUGAUGUUGUCCAUGUGAAGGAUGCCAAUGGCAACAGCUUUGCCACCCGGCUGGCCAACAUCUUUGUUAUUGGCAAGGGUAACAAGCCUUGGAUCUCCCUGCCUCGUGGGAAGGGAAUCCGCCUCACCAUUGCUGAAGAGAGAGACAAGAGACUGGCAGCCAAGCAGAGCAGCGGCUGAGUCCCCGGAGCGCUGGUGAUGAGCCCCACCCAGAGCCCCCUUUUUGACAAAUAAAAACUGUUCCAAACUCGG